CCACAUUAGGGCAUCACCGAAGUAUGCUCAGUUCACCAACUUCCCUUCUGCCCUCAACAGCCCUGAAUUAUACUGAAUUACCAUCGCAGGUGAUUUUUCAUCCUGCACUUCACACAAUGUUCGACAAUUCACAGUACCCUUACAACUGCUUUAAUUAUGAUGGAGAUUAUCCUUCCUGUGGCACUGAGGAGGAGAAGAAAGUGUGCAGACCUGCUUACAGUUACAUUGCGCUGAUAGCCAUGGCCAUACAGCAGAGUCCAGAGAACAAAGUCACGCUAUCGGGCAUCUAUGAGUUCAUCAUGAAAAGAUUCCCUUAUUACAGAUCCAACCAGAGAGCCUGGCAAAACUCCAUCCGCCAUAAUCUCUCCCUCAACAGCUGCUUUAUAAAGGUACCUCGCACUGAGGGCAAUGAGAAGGGGAAGGGAAAUUACUGGACUUUUGCCACAGGCUGUGAGUCCAUGCUGGACCUCUUUGAAAAUGGUAACUUUCGACGGCGGCGACGGCGACGACGUAACUUAAGCUUGGGCUUCAGGGAGCCGUCUGAACCUUUCAGCCCCAUGGACCCCCAACAGAAUGCCCCGGUGCAGUCCCUUCAUCCUGAUUCCUUUUGUCCAGAGAGUUCAAACCACAGAGUGGACCAGCACAACCCUCCACUCAGAAAACCAGAGCCAGAGAUCAAAUUCAGCAUCGACUACAUCCUGUCCACACCAGAUCCCUCACCAGGGUUUAGACCUCCACACAGCGGAUCUGCAGGAGCCAUGAUACAGCACCUGGAGCCUCAGCAGCUCAACCUGCACUUCUGGACCCUGUGAACUACACAUUCUAAAAAAACUCUGAAAAAAAUCAUGAAACCUCACAGAACUUUUUUAAGUUGUGGUGCAAAUUAGUUGGGACAAUAAUGUGAUGAUGAUGAUGGUGUCAAGUUCGUAUUUUCGAGAUCAAUCCUUAAUCACAAUGUAGGUACAGAGAAUAUGGCUUGGACUACUACUCAUGGUACAGUGGAUUUUUAUUUUAUUUUUUUGCCUUGUUCAUUAGGCAUGUUACUAGAAUUCUAUUAUCUCUCUAUACAAACAUUUCCGAUUAUCGGAAGUAAAGUUUGUUUGCAACGGAAGAAUAGACAUAAAGGAAGUUUUGCUGUAGUUCACUCACAUAUCUUUCGAGUGUUAAAGGUAAUGACAGCAUAUUCCUAUGCUUUAUUAUUGUGCUGACAGUGACAUAUAAUUGAUGUAUUAUUAUAUGAUCAAUUUGUUUCCUUAGCUUGUUUGAAAUCAUUUCCAGACCUAAGCUUAUCACAGUACAUUAUGUGGACUGUUGGGGUUUAUUUAAUGUGUUUAACCUGCCUUUGGAGUUUAAACGUUCAGUAUUGCACCCCCUCUUGGAGAAGAGCUGAGGUGCCGUAUAGUUUGCACAUUUCAGCGUUUAAAUUAUAUAUAAUUUCCCCUGACGCUCACUGCUCUGUCAGACAUUUAUAGAUGGACCAUAUCUCAUUUGCCGACAAAAAAAAAACUUUUUAAGCUGACCCUGUUAUUGUUUUACAGGAGGGUUGUGUUCCCUAAUCACACACACACUAAAGCUUUCUUCCUAUUAUAUUCUGUGCACAGAGGACAGAUUUCAACUUAAUAAUCGCUGUAAAAUGUAAUAUUGAGCUUUUGUCAUCAUUCAGUAGGUUAGAAGAAAGAAACCUUUUUUGUGCAAUACCACCACCAUAGAGUAUGUGUGUACUACAGUAAUUAUAUUGUAUUUCAUAUUGUAUAUAAUCUGUAUACCUGCUUUCUGGAAACAAAAAAACCAUCAGCAAACAUCAGAUCAGACACUUAAAACAAAUCGCUAAUCAGGUUGUAGAUUAAUGCUAAUCUGAAAACUACGCUAAUUGAAACAGAAGACACAAGAUGUCGAAUUUAUCAACCUUUUUUUGUCAAAUACAAAAAAGAUAUAUACAUACCAAAACAAAGAACAAGUACAAUAUACCUUAAAUGAAUAAAAUCUGCAUUAAGCAUAGCAUUGAGUUUGGCUUAAUGGCUUUCUUCAUUAAACAGCUGCUUACUGAAAACUGUAAAACAGCAUCAGUCCUAACAAAGAUUAUUACAACGGAAGUGUCAGAACAGUUCAUGUUAAAGAUUAAAAAUCUGUCAGUCUUUGUAUUUUAAAUUCUGUAUUUCCAUGACAUGGUAAUUAACAUGCUGCCAAACCAGUGCGGUCUAACCUUCUCCGAAUCCGAAUAAUCUCUCUGACUGACCUUUUCCUUUGUGCUGAAACAGAGUCUCUCUCAAUUUGAUCCGCCGCUCUAUUAGAAUACAUAUCAUUCAUAACAGUGCACGCUUAAAAUGGAAGCCUGUUAACAUUUAUUUUCCUUCUAAGGUGUAUCAAUCAUAGCAUUUGUGCUGGAGAGGGGACAUUUUUCAAUUUAACCUUUAUAUUAUAGUGUGACUACAUCAGUAAGGUUUCGAGACACUUACCAUGAGUGGCAUUUAAUAUAGUAUUACACUUGCAAGGUUAGCAGGAGAUGUGACCUUAUUCAAAUCCUGCUGCCACUACAACACCACUCCCAAUGCAAUUAUAAUUAAAUGCCUUAUGCCGGCUUGCAAAUCCCCUGAUCGAUCAUUGAUAUUAAUGUUAAUAUUGCACUGCCCCCAGCCCCUGUCUUGCAGUAGAACUGUUAUGGAUCAGCAGGUUUCUAUUAACAGAGCUGUUGAUGUUGUGGGCUGUGGUGUGGAUAUAUUUGGGUAAAUUAACUUAGCAUAAAGUGCUCCAAGGCCUGGGCUUUAAAAAAACCCCAAAAAAACAAAAACAAAAAAAAAGAACAAAGCCAUGAGCCACGAUAGACUCUUUCUUUAUGAUGUCAACUUAAGAUCAUGUGUAAAAAAUGCCAUGUCAUGUUUCACAAGAUUGAUUGAUAUUUCCUAAAAAUUUAAAUAUGGAUUGUUUUGCUUUUAUUCUAUGCAAAUAAAAUGUGUCUUUUCAUAAUAUUAUAGUAUUUUUUAUUUUUUUUGCAUAACAUCAUUUCAUGUGGUACCAAGUAUGACAUGGGUGAAAUUAGGAGCUUAGGGCAGAGUAAACAGAAUGGAGAGAGAGGCAAUUGGGAAAUCAGCGGUGUGCGACAGCUGCAGCAGCCACAUCACAAACAUAAAUAGCCAAUUUUCACAACUCUUUCCAACUUUUCUACACAAAUUAUAAUUGCUUUUUUGAUAUGACUCAAUAAUUCAUAUAAGAAAUAUGCUUUUUAAAAAAAUGUAUUAUUGCAUGUUUAUGUAUAAGAAAUAGCAAAACAAUUAUUACCUUCAUGAUUAAUAAUAAUUUCCUUGCGGUCUGUUUUCGCUGAAGAUUAAAGAUGAAGAUUAAUCUACAUGUCUAAAAGCUUUUGCUGCUUAAUGAGGAUUAGUUCAAUAUCUUGAGGCCAGAGGCACAUUAAUGGGAUUCUUACCAUCACAAAGAAACUCAAAAUUUUGUGCAUUUUUCUGUGGCAAUGUAAACAUUUAUUUAAACUUGAUUUAUACCUGGCACACAGCUGAUAGUUCAUAAAAUAAAA